UCGACGAUAGAAACUACUAAACUAGGCAUGAAUACGUCGUCGUGAGGUGAUGGAGAAGUGUCACUGCUAUCAAUCUAGCAUGUGCCGAAUGCUCGUUCCAGAGAUAUUUCUACUUGUUGGUUGUAUGUAAUGUAUGUCUGUGGCUGGGUGAAACUAAAAAUCAGUGAUAUAUGCAACAACUGUUCAGUGCGUUGCGUCGUUUGUUGUGUGGAGGGUGUUGCAACAAAGCACAAGCAUUUUUGUAUUCUGAGAUGGCCAGUUUGAGAAUUAAUGGCCAGUUGUCUGAAGAUCAUACCGCAUUUUUCAUGUGUGAUGUACAGGAAAAAUUUAGAGGUGUCAUUGCAUAUUACGACGCGGUUAUCAGCGUGGCUGAUAAAAUGGUGAAAACAGCAAAAAUAUUGAAUAUACCUUUGAUAGUGACUGAGCAGUACCCAAAGGGCUUGGGACGCACUGUAUCUGAGCUAGAUAUCAGCCAUGCAUAUCUUGUGGAAGAAAAAACGAAAUUCAGUAUGAUAACUCCAGUAGUUACUCAAGCUAUGCAGGAAAUUUGCAAAGGAGCUGUGAAAGCUAUUGUACUUUUUGGCGUGGAGGCUCAUGUUUGUGUGGAACAGACAGCAGCAGAGUUACUAGCCCAUGGUAUGCAGGUGCAUGUUGUCGCUGACUGUACAUCGUCACGGUCACAAGAAGAUCGUUUCCUGGCUCUUCAUAGAAUGAGUCAGAUGGGUUGUUACAUCACCACCAGUGAAACAGUUAUAUUCAAAUUGCUUGGUGAUAAGAACCACCCUAAGUUUGCUGAAAUAAGGCCAUUGAUCAAAACUCCAUCACCACCAACAGGAUUGGUUAAUUACUCUAAAAUGUGUAACUAAUAUAUCCACUGAAGGGGCACUACUGCUUUUUAUUAAAUUCUUGUCAUGUGUGGAUUCCAGAAAUAUUUGGGUAGAGGGAAAUCAGUAAAAAUUUAUGGAACAAGUUGAUGUUCUUGUACUUGGUGAGAAUACAUUGAUGCAUGCAAUUUGAUUAUCUGUUGUUAUUUAACAAGAUUGUGCUGUGAUAAUUGUAACAUAAUUGGUAUCUUCAGUAAAAAACACCUAAUUCAACUCAUUUACAGGGAGGGUAAGGACAUGAUCACAUAGAAGAAAAGAAAAAGCAGAAAAGGAAAUGUCAUUGAAUUUAACUGCAUUCAUUAUCAGUCAUUCUGACUGAAAUGUUAACCAGUGCUAUUAAGUUAUCCUUAUUGCACCUACUCAAUGUUUUUCCAUGUCAAGUAUUUCAUUUCAUUUUUAACUACUACAUUAUAGACUUAAGUUUUGUAUGAAAAUAUGAUUUCCAUAAACUCGUAUCAGAUUGUCAAUCAUUUUCCUUUUUAUUGUAGACACAUACAGAACAUAGUUUCUGGCCACUAUUUAGUAAUUGUGUUAUCAGAUGUUAUGUAGUUUGUAUGAUUUUGCCACAAAUAUAUGCAAUUAAACCUGCAUUAGCUAUCAUUAUAUAACUGAAGUUACAAGUGAAUUCAACAUAAUACAAAUUUUGAUUAUGUUGUCUUCAAUAUUGUCCUUUCUUAAAAAAUAAUUUGUAUUAGUGACUUUUGUAAACAGUUUGGGGAAGCUCACAGUACAGAUUAACUUCCAGUGAGAAAUAUGCCCAAUUUUCUCCAUGCAGCUUGUUUUAAAAAUAAACAGUGAUGGUGAUGGAUUUAAAAUUGAUUGUUCAUGUAUCUUGAAAGAUACUGAUUUAUAAUUUCAGCAGCCAUAAAAUGGUUUGUGUUAUUUGAUCAGUUAAAUAAGUGCAAGUAAAUAUUGUGUAAUAAGAAAUUAUAUCAUGGAAUAAAGAUACUACAACAGUGGUGGUAUAUUUUAUUUUGUUCAAGUUAGUAUUAGGACAAGAAAGAUUAAGACAGUGGAGAACGAGUAAUAUUAUUCAAUGUCUCAAUGUAAUUUGAUGUUAUUUCAUAGAUGUGUGACGUAUUCUCAGUGGUGCUUAAAUUAAGUGUUCUACACAGUUACAAGAAUAACUUUGGUUCAUUGUUAUAUUACACACCUACAUGUGAGAAAAUAAUGUAAUAAAUUGCAUUGAAAUAUUAA